CACUCGAGAUUGUACGGCCUCUCUCUCUCUCUCUUCUCUCUCUCUCUCUCCUCUUUUUCUCUGUGUUCACGCGUUUUAGUUCACACAGAACAUCCUCUCACUCUCUUGCUAUAUAUAAAUCCGACGCUUUCACGUGCUCGUAUUCGCACUUUGGCGCAUUCGCCGGCGAUCAUCUCCGGCGACACGUGACGGCGGAAUUCUCUGGGAAUUCGAUCUGUCCGUGUUCGCGGAGGCGAGAGAGAUCGCGUGACUUGUUGCGGUUUCGAGGCUCCGGCGGAUGGGGAACAGGCUUCCCCAGUUCGGCAGAUUUUUUAUUUUUCGGGCAAUGUGAUUAGAGCCUUGCCUUGUCUACGAAAUACCAUGGAGGAAUCGUUUGAUUUGGGGCGAGGUUCGAGCCCUUUAUGGUAAAAUUCGUUCGUUUUUUUGGUACAAUUGGAGCGGAUUUUGUUUUUCAGUUUGUUUCGUUGGAAGUUUUGGAUCUCGGAUGAUCGUGAGGGGAUCAGCGGCAAGUGUCCAAAUCGAGCAAGUCAUUGAGUGGAAUGCGUUGUUGCACUUAGUGGAUCAGCAAUUAGGCAGGCUUUGUUGCCGUUUCUGGAUCCUACAUUGAGGUAUAUCGAGCAAGCGGAGCGUUUUCGUCAGCUACGAGCUGUUUGGAGAGGGAGAGAGAUUUGAGACGCCGGCGAUUUGCGCGCGUGAAACAGAAGGUUGAAUGUUGAUCCGAUAUGUGCAGAGUGGAUAGGAGCGACGUCAAGAGCAAUCUGAGAGAGCCGAAUAAGAGAGGGAGCCUGGAGAUGGGGUUGAAGGCCUUCGGGGAGAGCAAGGUGGAGAAGCUGAGGAACACUAUGUUGCCGCACUCUUCCCGGUCGCGGAUGAAGGUGUGGAUGAUACGCGCCACCACCACGGUAUUGUUGUGGACGUGCGUGGUGCAAUUGACGGCCUUGGGAGAGACAUGGGGGCCUAGGGUGUUGUUGGGCUUACCUUCUUGCCUGUCUCAAGAAUCUGCGGUUCUAGAUGAUAAGGUUUCUGCGGUUCCUGCCAGGGUAUUGCCGCCCAAGCGGGUUUACAAGAAUAAUGGUUACCUAAUGAUAUCAUGCAACGGAGGACUUAAUCAAAUGAGAGCAGCGAUUUGUGACAUGGUCGCCAUUGCAAGGCAUUUGAAUGUUACACUUAUAGUGCCUGAGCUGGAUAAGACAUCUUUCUGGGCUGAUCCCAGUGACUUCCAUGACAUAUUUGAUGUCGAUCAUUUUAUUACUUCUUUGAGAGAUGAGGUUCGGAUUUUGAAAGAGUUGCCUCCCAGGCUCAAGAUGAGAGUGGAUCAAGGGUUGACCUUUCAAAUGCCACCAAUUAGUUGGUCAGAUAUUUCCUACUAUCAGCACCAGGUUCUUCCAUUGAUACAGAAAUACAAAGUUGUUAAGUUGAACAGAACUGAUGCUCGACUUGCUAACAACGGCCAGCCGUUAGACCUUCAGAAGCUACGAUGCAGAGUGAAUUUCAGUGCCCUCAGAUUCACCUCUCAGAUUGAAGAGUUGGGGAGAAGGGUUAUCCAACUUCUUAGGAAAAAUGGUCCUUUCCUAGUACUGCAUCUCAGAUAUGAGAUGGACAUGUUGGCAUUUUCGGGCUGUACGCAAGGUUGCAGUGAUGCGGAAACAGACGAACUGGCAAGGAUGAGAUAUGCUUAUCCCUGGUGGAAAGAAAAAAUAAUAGAUUCUGUCCAGAAAAGGAAAGAUGGUUUAUGUCCAUUAACUCCUGAAGAAACGGCUCUCACUUUGAGGGCCCUGGGAAUUGACCGCAAUAUCCAAAUCUAUAUCGCAGCUGGUGAAAUAUAUGGUGGCGAAAGAAGAAUGGCAAGUCUCACUGAGGCUUACCCUAGAUUGGUCAGAAAAGAGACACUGCUGGAACCCUCGGAUUUAAGAUUUUUUCAAAAUCAUUCUUCUCAAAUGGCCGCCCUAGAUUAUUUGGUCUCAUUGGAGAGUGAUAUUUUUGUUCCUACCUAUGACGGAAACAUGGCUAAGGUUGUAGAAGGACAUCGCAGAUAUGUUGGGUUCAAGAAGACAAUUCUGUUGGACAGAAGGCUUUUGGUGGAGUUGAUAGACCAGUAUAACACUGGGGCACUGAGCUGGGAUGAGUUUUCAUCUACAGUUAAGGAAGUUCAUGCAAAUCGAAUGGGGAAUCCGUUGAAGCGGUUGGUCAUUCCAGACAGGCCGAAGGAAGAGGAUUAUUUCUAUUCAAACCCUUACGAAUGUUUGCAGCCAUCAGACGAUCCCUUGAGCAGCACGUGAGCGGUUAGCAACUGCGAUGCUGCCUAUUCCUUAUCGUGCUUCUGCGAUGCUGUCAAUUCUUGGACAUAUCUUGGAUAGUGCCACGGUGCUUGCGAAGCGUGCCACUCUGAGGAGAUGUUGUAAAGAUCUAGAUAGGGUCUGGAGUUCGAAAGAGGCCUGAGAUGUUUUUGUGGAAGCAGCUGGAGGACGAUUCCAUCCUUUAUAAGCGAAAUAAUUCAGAUGUAUAGAAGCUGCCCCAUGAUCACGGGGUGAAAUUGCGUACGACCGGUCCCUUGUACAAGGAAGUUGCAAAUAUAGAUUUGUCGGGAGUGAAGGGAAAAAAAAAAAAAAAACUGAAAGGUAAAUCACACGUCCUCUCCUCCUGCUCUGUACUGUCUUCUUUAGUUCUUUUGUCCCAGCUUGGGGAUCCUCUACAUAUAAAAUACUUUCAAAAGUUGAUUCAUUCA